CAGCGGGAGCUGAGGGGUCCCCGCGGGGCACUGACCCUGGCUCCCCGCUCGGCGCGUUCUCGCCGUUGACGCCGCCCGCUGGACCCCGGGAUGCCGGGCGUCUCCGCCCGCGGCCUCUCUCACGAGGAGAGGAGGCACCUGGCCGUGAACCUCACCCGCGUGCUGGCGCGCUACCGCCCCAUCCUGGACGCCUACAUCAUCGAGUUUUUCACAGACAACCUGUGGGGCACACUCCCUUGCUCGUGGCAGGAAGCGCUGGACGGACUGAACCCGCCACAGCUGGCCACGCAGCUGCUGGGGAUGCCGGGGGAAGGCGAAGCGGUCAGGUACAGGUCGGUGUGGCCCCUCACCCUGCUGGCCCUGAAGUCCACAGCCAGUGCCCUGGCCUUUACCCGGACACCUGGGUUUCAGACCCCCUCAGAGUUCCUGGAGAAUCCCAGCCAGAGCUCCCGCCUAACAGCGCCGUUCCGGAAGCAUGUCAGGCCCAAGAAGCAGCAUGAGAUCCGGAGGCUAGGAGAGUUGGUGAAGAAGCUGAGUGACCUCACAGGCUGCACCCAGGUCGUGGACAUAGGCUCAGGCCAGGGCCAUCUCUCCCGGUUCAUGUCCCUGGGGCUGGGGCUGGUGGUGAAGAGCAUCGAAGGGGACCGGAGACUGGUGGAGAGGGCCCGGCGCCUGGACCGGGAGCUGCUGCAGGCCCUGGACAAAGAAGAGAAGAGGAACCCCCAGGUGACCCAGGCCAGCCCGCGCCGCUCCCCACACCACGUGGUUAGGUGGGUAGAGCCCACGGCCUUGUGCCCGGAGCUGCUGCUUCCACUGGAGACCCGGCCCGGGUGCGGGGCCCGCCUGCUGCUGACGGGCCUCCACGCCUGCGGGGACCUGAGCGUUGCCUUGCUGAGGCACUUCUCCUGCCCCGAAGUGGCGGCCCUGGCCUCGGUGGGCUGCUGCUACAUGAAGUUGAGCGAGCCCGGCGGCUACCCACUGAGUCAGUGGGUGGCGGGGCUGCGGGGCUCCGAGCUGCCCUACAGGCUGCGGGAGGGCGCCUGCCACGCGCUGGAGGAGUACGCGGAGCGGCUGCGCAAGGCGGGCCCCAGCCUCCGCACCCACUGCUACCGCGCGGCGCUGGAGACAGUCAUCCGGGCUGCCCGGCCCGAGCUUCGACGGCCAGGCGUGCAGGGGAUCCCCAGGGUCCACGAGCUCAAGAUCGAAGAAUACGUGCAGCGGGGGCUGCAGCGGGCGGGGCUGGACCCCCAGCUGCCACUGGACCUGGCCGCCCUCCGGGCCCAGCAGGCCCAGGAGAACCGGGUGGUGGCCUUCUUCAGCCUGGCCCUGCUCCUGGCCCCGCUGGUGGAGACCCUGAUCCUGCUGGACCGGCUGCUCUACCUUCAGGAGCAGGACUUCCACGCCGAGCUCCUGCCCAUCUUCAGUCCUGAGCUCUCUCCCAGAAACCUGGUGCUGGUGGCCACCAAGAGGCCCCUGGGGGAGGCCUUCUCUCUUCUGGAAACUGAAGACAGCUGACCACCCCCGCCUAGAGCCCCCCGGAUGCAGCCUGACCUCCUCGCCCAGGGGACCAGCCUCCUAGGUCCCUGGAACCCUGGCCUCUCCCUCCACGUGUUAACGUGAUCCGGUGUACGACUUUAAUUUAUUAAAUAAGCGAAAUCUGUA